AUGCUAAAUUAUUACUCCUGGAUCAUUUAUGUUAUUAUACUACUUUAUUUAAGCGAGUAUUUAUUUGCCAAUAGAAAUGUGGAAUAUAGAUGGGGUCAAUGGUCCCAAACACCACUCACUUGUUCUGUUACUUGUGGCAAAGGAGUGAGAUGUCGAGUUCGAAAUUGUAUUGAUGGCUAUGGUAUUGUUCAGCCAUCAACAUCAAUGUGUCAGAAUACAGAAUUAUCUAAAUCAGAGGCUGAAGAAUGCAUACCAUGCGUUGUAAAUAUACGCUGUCCACGUGUUCCAGGCUGGGGAACAUGGACUCCAUGGUCAUCAUGUUCUCCAAUUGAAGAUAAUCAAGAAAUUGAUAGACAAGGCUGUCGUAGUGGAAGUAGAAGUCGUUAUCGACUUUGUAAUAAUCCACCACCAGAACCACCUCCAUAUGGUUUAAAUUGUUCCGGUAUUAAUCAACAAAUAGCUCAGUGUAGUUAUGAUUGUUUCGGGAGAGUUGACAGUGCACCAGACAAUAUUGCUAAUAAAAUCACCUAUCAAGUUGAACUUGAUCAACUUGAUUUUUAUAUAUUUCAUAAUAUUCUACGUAAACAUGAAAAUCAAAAGGUUCGAAUGGAUUGUGCAACACCGGCGUAUAAUCUUGCUAAAAGAUUAUCUGUACGCGGGAUUAUCAGUGCGACAAAAAGAGCAUUAACCGGCAGUGGAUUGACUAUAAGAUGGUUAAAAAAUGGACGACCUUUAAAUCUUGACACUGCUGAUUCGAAGAGGAAAUCAAAAGCAUCUAUCACUAAAUUAAAAAGGAUGCAUGACAAUGAGAAGAUGAAUAGGCUGGCUAAUGAAGAAAUACGCUGGAAUUCAUUAUUGGAUACUUCGUCAUCAAUUCAUAUGGAGGAUACCUAUUUAGUGUUUUCGAGUAUAAAACAAGGCGAUCAAGGUGUGUAUACAUGUCAAAUCAGCAUGGGUAAAUACAAAUGGAAUCUUAUAUUCUAUACAUUAAUUGUUACCGGUAUAAAAUAUAUCGCUUUAGAAGCUGAUCCAUUCUAUCUGCAUUCAAAUUUAGGCGUUAUCAAUGCAUUAAGCAAUAUGGCUGUAUGGAUGGAAUCAGCACAAAUUGUUUGGAAGUUAAAUGGUCAUGAAUACAGUCGAGGACUGGCGAUACGCUUAGAUCGACGUGUACAAUUAAUUAAAUACUUGAAUUUAUCUCAUCAUGGUACAUGGAGAUGUUAUCUACACAUACCAGCUGCGGGUUUACCAAGUCGUGUUGGUAAUCCAUGGUCAUCAAUGAGUCGGAUAUACUUGAUUAAUGAAUUCUAUUUAAAUGUGAAUCCAACCAAUACUCUACUAUGGCAAAUUGGUGAACAUCCAAUUACAGUGAAAAUAUUACGACAAACAGCAUUAACUCUAUUACUAAUUGGCUUAUUUUUAAUAUUAAUUAUAUUUUUAAGUAUAUGGGCUGCAAGACGUUGGAUGACACGUUCAUUGACAAAUGAUCAGCAAAAAGCAAUUAUUCAAGAAAUUAUUGAUAAUGAAUGCAGAUUAUUAUUGACGUGUAAAAAACGUGCAAAUAUGAAUAAACGUAAAUUGCUGCCAUUAAUUCUGCUGGAAAGUCAACGUUUACAAAAAGCCAGUAAAUUUUUAGGUGUAUUACUUAGACGUAAAACAGGAAAAUUUGGUAAUCGACGAUUAACACGUAGAGGUACGCAUAAAAUAAGUACACCGUCAAAAAUGAGUCGUGUGAGUCGAUUUUCUAAGUUUAUAUCAUUCGGUGAUAAAACAAACUGA